CAAACUUUGUGUUUUGAAUAUAUAUUUGAUUUUGUUUUAAUUUGGACCAUUUGUCCUCGUGUAUUCUAACAUGGGUUUUGCAUAUAUUUUUUUUUUCAUGUACUUACGCAAUAUGUUGCAAUCUUUGUGUUUAGCUAUGGGAGUCGGUAUGAAAGGGCUUUUAGGGAAAAAAAUAUAUAAUUUGCUUAUCUGUAAUCUACACAUCAAUAUUAGUUUAUCCAAAUUAUGGUCUAUUUGAUUAUAAUCAUUCUUUAAUGUUAAUCUUUGAUUUUGUUUUAUCAGCACAACACAGUGUGUGUGUCUAUGGGUUCUUCAUUUAAUUAUUUUAACAUCUCACCUGCUGUUUCUGAGAAUCUUUCAUCGUAUAACGAUGAAGACUCGCAUCCGAUUAAUGUCACUAGCCACAGAGUUCGUGUUGGUAAAAACUCUGACUCGGUCAAGGCUAAUUGGGAUAACAAAACCACAGAGGUAUUCAUUAGGCUGUGUGUCCAAGAAACCACAGCGGGAAAUCGUCCUGGUAGCCACUUUAAUAAAAUCGGAUGGGAUAACCUCGUUAAAAAAUUCUCUUCUGCUACAAACCGCAAUUACACAAGAAUCCAACUUAAGAACAAAUGGGAUAUAAUGAAAAAGGAAUGGGGUCAGUGGAAAGCUAUUUUACAUGGUGAGUCGGGAUUAGGCUGGAAUCAAAUAAAAGGCACAGUUGAUGCAACUCCAGAGUGGUGGCAUAAGAAGAUACAGGCAAAUCCACUCGCAGCCAAAUUUCGAGAGAGGGGUCCUUUGUGUUUAUAUGAGCAAGAGAUGUUAUUCUCGGAUGUGAUUGCAACUGGAACAAGUUCAUGGACUCCAAGCUCUGGUAUAUUGCCACCCCACAUGCAAGAGGAAAGAGAACAAGAAUCUCAAGGUGAAGCAUUCGAGGAUCUUGAAAGUGGAUAUCCGCAGUCCGAGCCUCCAAUAUAUACACCUACACCUACUGAUGAAACAACCGAAAUAUCAACUGAAGUGCCAAGAGAAGCACCACCAACUAGUUCGAUGAGAAAAAACACUGAAUUUCUUAAUCGUAUCCGUAAAAAGAAAACUAAGAAGGUCUCUAAUGCUGACAAGAUCUCAAAGUGUCUGGAAAGAAUGGUUGAUGCAAUGGAAUAUGACUCAUCUCGCCUUAAUGGUGAUACAAGGCGUCAAUACAGCAUACAAGAAUGUCUCGAGAUAUUGGAGAAUAUGCCCGGAAUUGAUGAAGGUGGUCCUCUGUGGAUGUAUGCAACUCGCAUUUUCUUAAAGCCAGCUAUUCGUGAGUUGUUUUUUACCAUAAAAAAAAAUGAGAUCCGCUUGAAGUGGCUUGAAGAACAAAUGGAACGGGACAUUAGACGCCGCACUACUUCAACUACUUUAGUUCAUGGUUCUCAUGAAAAUGACCAUGCAUUAUCUGGAUGA